CCGUCUACUUUGGCGGUAGUACUCAAAUUUUGACGUUUAGCUCGUGUGUGGUGUGGUGCAUUUUGCGGAAAAUUGGUUUUUUAUUGAAUAAAGUAGUGAGAAAAAGUAAAUAUGAAACCCUUAGUGCUUCAGGGUCAUGAACGUUCAAUAACUCAAAUUAAGUAUAACCGAGAAGGAGAUUUACUCUUUUCCUGUUCAAAGGAUCAGAAGCCCAAUGUUUGGUUUUCCUUGAAUGGGGAGCGUUUGGGUACUUUUAAUGGGCAUCAGGGAGCUGUAUGGUGCAUCGAUGUGGAUUGGACUACAACAAAACUCAUGACUGGCAGUGGAGACAUGAGUACUCGUUUGUGGAAUGUUGAACGUGGCACUACAAUUGCUACGAUACCAUGCAAAUCAUCUGUAAGAACGUGCAACUUUAGUUAUUCUGGAAAUCAAGCGGCUUAUUCCACGGAUAAAGCUAUGGGUCAUAGCUGCGAGUUAUUUAUUAUUGAUGUGAGGAAUCCUGAUGAAGGUUUGGCUACUGCAAAUGCCAUUCUACGCAUUCCCAUUCUCCAGUCAAAAAUCACUUCAAUGCUUUGGGGUCCUCUCGACGAAACUAUUAUAACUGGCCAUGAAGAUGGGCAGAUAACUGUUUGGGAUUUACGAAUGGGCAAGGAGGUCAACUCUGUUAAUGAUCACACAAUGGUGAUUAAUGAUAUGCAGAUGUCCAAGGAUGGCACAAUGUUUGUGAGUGCAUCGAAGGAUACAACCGCGAAACUUUUUGAUUCUGAAUCACUCAUGUGUUUGAAAACCUACAAGACAGAAAGACAUGUCAAUUCUGCUUCCAUUAGCCCUAUCAUGGAUCAUGUUGCUUUGGGUGGUGGUCAAGAUGCUAUGGAAGUAACAACAACCUCUGCAAGGGCUGGAAAAUUUGAUGCACGCUUUUUCUAUCUAAUUUAUGAAGAAGAGUUUGCCCGUGUUAAAGGACACUUCGGGCCUAUCAACAGCUUAGCUUUCCAUCCAGAUGGAAAGAGUUUUGCCACCGGCGGAGAAGAUGGUUUUGUGCGUGUACAAGUAUUUGAUUCUUCUUAUUUCGAUUAUUCUUUCGACUAAUUGUUCAGUCCUUUAUAACGCUAAUAAAAAUAAAAGAUUUCUAGCAAAUAAAAAA